UUGCUGGGCUUGGAGGCCGUAUGUCCUGUUAGCGUCCUAGUUCAGCUCCAAAUACAGCGGGGUUCCGCUGUCUCUUAACCUCCAGUCUUCCACCCUUCAUAUUGCUUUCGUUAAUCUCAGACAAUUCUCUCAGUUUGAUACUUUCAAUGAGCAAGUCGAGUGACUGGGAAGCUUGGGAACAAGCACUCAAAGUGAAGGGAUGUUCCGAAUCUUGUUGGGUUCGAAACCUCUCGCUACCCGAUGAGCAAGAACAUGCAUUACCCGAUGCUCAGGGAGGCUUGCCUUCAGUGGACGAUAAGAUCCGAGAGGCGGCUGCAGCAAAAUUAUACCAGAAUAUUAGACCGUGGCAAACCCGGAUUCUCCGUAUCGAACCCGCAACUCAAUUAGAUAAACCAGUCAUUUGCACUCUCCUAGUGGCAGAUGUCAUCGCCUUCGAGGGUCUCGGCGUGGUCGAGGAAGACGGUCCUAAAGAGAUUCCAUACGAAGCACUUUCGUACACAUGGGGUGCACCCGUCUUCUCACUUCCGAUCCAAAUAAAUGGUAUCGAAUUCUUCAUUACUGCAAACCUCGAUUCUGCUCUACGUCACCUACGUUUGGGUGACUCAAAGCGCUACCUAUGGGUCGAUGCGCUCUGCAUUAACCAAUUUGACACCAAGGAGAAAUCCGUACAGGUUGGUCGGAUGUUUUCGAUUUACAAAAAGGCCAGGAGAGUAGUUGCAUGGAAUUCCGGGUGGUCGGCAAAGAAGAGUAUUGUCUUAUCUACGGUUCUCGCAAACAUGUCGAACAGCCAGAAACAUAGCGAGGACUGCGUCGCGCGCUUCAAGAGAUUAUAUCAGUUCCUCGUGAAGGCGUGCGAGCCGCCUCUGUUCAAGCGAACAUGGGUUAGGCAGGAGGCCUUCGCCGCUAGGGAUAUGGUGAUGCAAUUUAGCGGUCUCCAAAUAUCGUGGGGAGAUUACGAACGUAUCAGGGACUUCAUUGCGUUGAUCAGGCAACGUGCUAAUGUGAAGUACGAAUCUUCACUUCUGGACUUUACCGAUGCCAUCUACUUAAAGUCUCCCUUCAACGCGAUCAUGACGUUAGUCCAGCCGGACUAUAAGAACGAUCCCAGAUCACGCGAUGAACGCGAUCAAGCUGCAGUGGAUGCACCCGUUUCGCUUCUAGAUUCGCUAGUGUUUUCUUCGUCUUUUGGAGUGACCGACCCUCGUGACCUCGUCUACGGAAUACUCGGUUUCACGACAGUUCCUGUAUCGCAGACGGGUAUGGAUAUAAGCCAACCCACUUUAAAGGUUGACUAUGGCCGUUCCAUAUCCGAGGUAUAUCAAGAUGUCGUCAAGUACGAGGUCGCUAGAACGGAAUCAUUGGAUAUUCUUGAUUUCGCAGCAUCUCAUCCGGACCCAUCCGAUAUUCCCUCGUGGGUUCCUGAUUGGAGAACCUAUGAUUAUCAAUUGGUACAGCAUCGUGUACUGAAUAAGACUAAUUCUUGGAAGUACGGAUUUAUCGAUGUUAAGAGGGUUGGUGUAUCAUGGAAGCCUAUCCAGCAGCCACCCGGGGCUACUGGAGUUUUAUCGGCGAAAGGUAUUGUUCUUGGUACACUCCACGAUAAAAUAGACGACACUACUGCUUGGAGGCCAUUUAUAUCGACAAGCUUCGAAUCGGGAUUUAAGAAAAGAUUUGGGGGUAGGAACUUCGACGAUACAGAACUCUUCCCAGGUGUGAGCCGAGAUUACAAGUUGGCGUUCAAUGACAUGCUCAAAGACGAGAAACUACCCCUUUAUGAAGGAAAACUCGCAGGAGUGAGAGUAACCAAGGCCGGCAUACGGCUUAUCACUCUACUUCAGAACGAGAUGCUUGAAAGGAUCAAACAUGACCUUCGAGAUCGGGUGAUUGUGCCGCCAGAACCUAUCCGAGGAAACCAUACUCUAGGGUGUGCAUCGUCAGAUAUUUCUCUGGCCCCUAAGAGAUUUCAGGGGAACGACAUCAUCGUUCUCUUCCAGGGAUCUCAAUGUCCGUUUGUUUUGAGGGCUUCUAGUCCGGGUAGACAUACUCUAAUAGGAAGGGCGAUAUUUCCUUUUUGGUUCGAGCACAAGUCAUCAUCCUUUGAUGACCUUCGAAUGGAGGAAAUGGCCUGGACAAGCCCCAAGGGUAUCUUUACCCAGACGUCUGACAUAUUGGAAAGCAGACUCAAAUGGCCGGAGAAGAUGGCAUCGAUUUGGAGACCCGUGCUUCGAGACACCGAGUUCCUUAAUUCGCUGGAAGAUUUCCAGUUAGUUUGAACCUAGAAUAACCGAGAUCCCUUGGUGAAUAUCAAUUGGGUUUGGUCAAAUAGGUACCUAAGUCAAAGUAUGCUAGCGUUAGUGUUAAGUGAAGCAGCCAAUCCGGUAUCGGCAAGGUGUCCAAGACUUUAGAUAGUACCUACCCCAGGCUGCCUAGGGAAGCUCGCGAUCCACCCCACCUUGAUUAGUGCGUAGCA